AUGGAAGUUUUGAAUAUGGGCUUUGAACCUUAUGCAGUGAUUGUGAAUGGAAUAUGCAAGCAACUCUGUUUAAAGGUGUUCCCUGAGAUGUCCACUGUUACUCGUGCUAUUGAAAUUAGUAACAUUGUAGAACCUGUGGAAUCCAGGACCAAUGAGCCUAUUGAAUGGGCAUGUCUGAAACGGGACCAUAAAGUAUAUGCAUUUUUGGCUCAAGGUAUUGCCUCCUUCCCAAGAAAAGAAUGCUUGUCUGAGGCACUUGGUGCUUCAAGCACUGACAAUUACCCAGAUGAAAGUAUUCAGAAUACCCCGGAACCAAGUGACAGGAUUGGUCAGAGACCUUCUUACUGGUCGAGCAAGGGUGAAAUUGAUUCUGCAGUCCCUGAGACAUUAACGUAUAAAUUGAUGGCCAAACUCUGUGUGAUUACUGAAAUCCAUAUUCAACCAUUUCAAGUUUGGUUCCCCCAUAUAUCCAGCAAAGGCUGUAAGAUUUUUGAUGGGGGAUUUGUAUUGCUGGCAUUGUUUGCAAAAGUUUACAUUAGGGAUUCUGGUCCAGCUGCGUUAUAUGGUGAGAAUUGUUUGCAAGCAGUUCAAGCUGCCAUGACCUUCCUCUGCAUUGGAGGCGAGAGGGAUUUUUCUCGCAUUCACAGGUUUGGUGCAAGUAUAAGAGAUUGGGAGCACAUGAUCCUCAACACAUUACCCGGUGCUAGAUGGAUUAUGGUAAAUGACUACGACUACGACGACUACGACUACGACGGCGAGGACGAUGAUUCAGAUGACCAGUAUAACUAA